AUGCGUCCCUCUCUCGUUAUGCUCGCCGGUCUGGCGGGCUCUGCUCUCGCAUACCCCACCGAUUUGGCCAUGGAGAAGCGCACCUUCGGUCUCCUGGCUGAGAUCCUCGGUGAUGUCACUGUCGAUGUGACUUCCAUCCUCAGCGCUGUGCUCGGUCACGGCCACUCCUCGGUUUCCCUUCUCGCUGGUCUGAGUGCCGAGGGUGCUGCCGCUCUCGAGGGUGGUGCUCUUGGUUGCAAGGCUGGUGCCAUCCACGCCCACGCUAAGCUUGCCCUCAAGACUUGGUUGCUCCUCCACGCCAAGAUCGACGUCUCUCUCAAGAAGUCUCUCCUCGCCUGGUGUGAGGGUGACGAUGAGUUGACUCUCUCCGCUGAUAUCCUCGCUGCCCUGUCCGUGUACAUCCCCGGAUGUGCUGACCUCGCCGCCAAGGGCCAGCUCUACGUUACCAUCGACGGUAUCUUUGCUGCUUCCAGCCUCGAGUCCGCUCUCGUUCUGAGCAUCGGCGCUCAGUCUUCUCUCUCUGCUUGGAUCGAGGCCAAGGCUGGUCUUGAUGUUGACGUCAAGGCUGGUCUCGGUGUCUGCGCCGCUGGUGGUGUCAUCGCCUCCUUGUCCGCUGACAUCAAGGCUUCUCUCCUCGCUUGGAUUGAAGGCAGCGAGUGCGACCUCUCCGCUGAACUCAAGGUUUCUGUCCUUGCCUGGAUCCACGGCCACGCCGGUGGUCACCUUGUUGAGCUCGGCUCCGUUGGUGCCGGUGCUCUCUCCACUGUCUCCGUCGGUGCUUCCGUCGGUGUUCACGUCGAGGAAGCUGGCCACCUCUCCGUUGGUGGUAAGGCCUCCCUCGCUGCCUUCCUCGGUGCUGAUGUUUCCGCCAACCUCGGCGCCGACGUUCAGCUCGGUCUCCAGGCUGCUGCCAAGGGUGAGCUCGCCGUCUCUGUCGACGUUGACGUUCGCACUCAGCUCGCUAUUUGGCUCUCCGGCUCCGACUGCACUCUCGGUGUUGAGCUGAAGGCCGUUGUCCUUCUCUGGCUCUCUUUCGCUGUCGAGUCUGAUGUCUCUGUUUCCCUUGGCCUUGUCGGUGGUCUCCUCGGCGAUGUCAGCGGUAUCCUCACCGAGACUCUUCUCGCUGGCCUCAGUGUCGACCUCCGUGGUGCCCUCUCCCUCUGCGCCGCCGGUGGUAGCAUCGCUGAUCUCUCCUUCGACGCUCGUGCUGAGCUUUCUGCUUUCCUCAGUGGCUGCACCGAUGUCAGCAUUGACGUGAGCAUCCAGAUCAUCAUCCUCCAGUGGUUCACCGGCUGCAGCAUCCCUGGUGCCCCUACUCCUUCCUCCUCCGUCCCCAGCCUGCCUUCCAGUACUCCCUACAAGGCGAGCACCUCUGCCAUCCCCUCUGGCCCCGGUGCCUCCGUCUCCGUCUCUGUUCCUUCUGGUCCCGCUCCCUCUGGACCUGCUGGUUCCGUCUCUGUCUCCAUCCCCGGUGGCCCUGCUCCCUCUGGCACCGUCCCCGGUGGUAGCCCCUCCGGUGUCUCUCCCACUGACACCCCUGCUUCCUCCGGCCCUGCUGCCACUACUCCCUGUGACACUGAGACUUCCGAGAUCGUUGGCUCCACUGUGAUUCCUGGCCCCAGCGGCUCUGGUCACGUCACCAUCCCCGUUGUCCCCACCGGUACUGCUCCUGCUGAGACUCCUUCCGGCGUUGCCCCCACUGGUACCCCCGGUGCCUCUGGUCCUGCUCCUUCCGGCCCUGCUGGCUCUGCUACCAUCUCCAUCCCCAGCGGCCCUGCUCCCUCCGGCCCUGCUGGUUCCAGCCCCGUCCCCAGUGGUCCUGCCGCCAGCACUCCCUGCGACACUGAGACUUCCGAGAUCGUUGGAUCCACUGUGAUCCCCGGUGGCCCCAACGGCGGCUCUGUCACUGUCCCCGCUGUUCCUACUGGCACUGCUCCUGCUCAGACUCCCUCCGGCCCUGCUCCUUCCGGUCCCGCUGGCUCUGCCUCCGUCUCUGUCCCCAACGGCCCUGCUCCUUCCGGUACUGCUCCCGCUGAGACUCCUUCCGGUGUCUCUCCCACCGGUACCCCUGUGCCCUCCGGCCCUGCUGCCUCUACUCCCUGUGACACCGAGACUUCCGAGGUUGUUGGUUCCACUGUGAUCCCCGGUGUUCCCGCUGAGACUCCCUCCGGCCCCGCUGGCACCACCCCCGCUGGUUCCGUUCCUGCCCAGACUCCCACUGUUGUUGGCUCUACCGUGAUCCCCGGUGUCCCCGCUGAGACUCCCUCCGGCGUUGCUCCUACCGGUACCCCCGCUGCUUCCGGCCCUGCUCCCUCUGGACCUGCUGGCUCUGCCACUAUCUCCGUCCCCAGUGGCCCUGCUCCCUCCGGCCCUGCUGACACCACCCCCUGCGACACCGAGACCUCCGCCGUUGUUGGUUCCACUGUCAUUCCCGGUGUUCCCGCUCCCUCUGGCACCGCUCCUGCUGAGACCCCCUCCGGUGUCUCUCCCACCGGUGUUCCCGUUCCCUCCGGCCCUGCCGCCUCUGGCCCUGCCCCCAGCGGUCCCCAGGCCACUGGCUCCGGCUCCAUGCCCAGUGCUCCUUGUGAUACUGGUUCCAGCCCUGCCCCCACCAGCCCUCCCACCGUUCCCUCUGGCGGUGGCUCCGGUCAGGAGGUUGUCACUGUCACCGCGACUGUGACUGCCACCGUCUGCGGCUGCGAGUAA